GUUCUGCUUUGGUGCACCAUUAUAGUUAAUCAGCUGCGAGGCAAAAUGACUGCGCCUCCCUAAUCACGAUGGCUGUUUUCAGCAACGUUAGCGCUUAUUGGGUUAGGAGAUAAGGGGCUGACUUUACUUACAGCCUCAAUUUAAUAUAACCUACCUACCUAAGGUACAUGUAAGCUACUAGGCAAGUAUAUAAGUGAGGUCUGCUUACUUAUAAAUAAGCUUUAUCAACUUUCUUUAUUUUCAGUGAACCUUUUACGUUGUGUUCUUUUCUUCUUUUCCUCUUUUCUUACCAUAACUAAGACAUUCAACAAACUAUACUUCCUCUGAUACCCCUAGAAGCCAUUCUUCAUAGAAUUCUUACUUUCAACUUAUACCCUUCAUUCCUAAGAAGAAGAAAAUAAAAAACACUUUCGACAUCGCGAGCCUCGCCAUCAAUAUCAACAUGUCAGCAGCAGACUACUAUGGUAACAGUGGAGGUGGUUAUCCCCCGCCUCAACACCAACAGGGCUCGUCGCCUUAUCCCCCACAACCUCAAUACGCUCAGACGCCCUCGCAUUCCCCGUAUCCAUCUCAACCAAACUACGCAAACGGUACCCCCUCCCCGGCGCCUUACCCCGCUCAGCCCACCUACGCCCAGUCGCCAGCCCCGUCAAAGCAGGGCUACCUUACUCCCUACCAACCACAAUCUCAGCACUCGCGACCCGGUUCCGCCCACUCGGAUGCCGGCUAUGCGCCGCCUCCGUACCCACAGAACGAUGGCCGUCACCCAGGAGGAUCACGCCCUCACUCCGCGGAUCCCUACGCCCAGAAUGACCGCGACCCGAACUACAACCAGGCGCAAGCUGGCGAGGACGGCGAGCGUGGUCUAGGCGCGACUCUAAUUGGAGGCGGAGCCGGCGGUUUCCUCGGCCACAAGCUCGGUAAGGGCAAGCUGGGCACCAUGCUAGGUAGUGCCGUUGGUGCGGUAGCAGCCAAUUUAAUAGAGAACAAGUUGGAGAAGCGCCAUUCGAAUCAGGGCAAUGAUCAAGGCUAUGGACAGGGACAGGGAUAUGGGCAUGGUCACGGACAUCAUGGUCAAGGCCACCAUGGCCAUCACAGUCAUCACAGCCAUCAUGGGCACCAUGGGCAUCAUGGGAAACACGGCCAGGGCUGGUAGAUGAUCUAAUAAUUCGGCAGAACGGUUAGAUUGCUACAGUGGAUGCUAAAGGGGUUUCCCCCCCCGCUUCCCUAACGAUUAACUUGAUAUUAUAAACGGCGGCGUAUUGGUCGGUAUAAGUCGGUAUUGGUAUAGGCUUCGGUGGUUUCUCGUUUGUUUUAGAUUCCGGUAAAGAAAUGACGAGAUGAUGCUACGGUUCCUUAUGUGGUUGCUACAAUAAGUAGAGCGUUGGUUGUAUGGGGAAUGCUUAUACCUACCUAUGUACUACCUAUAUUACCCUUGUCGACGAAGGUAUUUUUAACAGCCCACAGUUGGCUGUCACUAGCUUUAAAUAUACCUAUGUAGUUACAUGAUUACCUUGGGUAUGUUUUAAUAGUGCAAUGAUGAAGACACUUGUGGAACCCAAAUGAAGAAUAUUAGUAAAGGUGUCUGAUCAACAAGUCACUACCUCUUAUGGAAGAUGAUAAAAAUGUGCAUAAUAGUGAG